GGGACAAACUUCUGGUCGAUGAAUGGUGCACGAUGACGAUUAUGGCCCGUGGGGCCAAAUUCUCAUCAUCGUGGUACCAACAGUGGUGGCCCUUGUCUUUGUUUUGGUGGUGAUCGUAUGCUUUCUGGCGCCAAGAUGUCCUGUAUACAAGUGCAUCAAAAACCGAAAGAGAGAUGCAAAAACUGUGCCGUUGCGUGUCAAGAGCAGAGAGAAUGAACAGGCGAAAUUGAACGAUGUCAGCUACAGGUCAUGGAGAUUGGGUAGCCUCUAUGAAGACAGCACCAAUGGCACGAUCAACGAAAACCAGGCGCCAACCGAAAGAAUUUCCUGGAACUCCAAUAAUGGUCAAUUCGAGAGCACUUCAUCUACCCUGAACUUGGUGCAGAAAGACAAGCAAAAAGCCGAGAAGAAACAAAGGGAAUUCCCGACGGAAUUGACAAUGAGCCUGCAGUAUCUGCCGCCGUUCGACGAGACUGUUACCGGGAAGCUCGUCAUCGGUAUCGAGGCGUUGUCCGGACUUCCACCAAAGCAAUACAACUGCACGCUGGAGCCAUACGUGGCCCUGAACAUUAUGAAGCAAUCGUGGAGUCACAGGAAACGGCAAAAGUUGCACAGUUUUCGUACGCGAGGCGUCAGGCAUACGGCUAGUCCCAUUUUUAAGGAGACGUUCGUCGUCGCGAACGUAAAGCCUCACGAAGUUAAGGACUGGAUUCUCGACUUGUCGGCGUGCGAUCACGACAGGUACGCCAACGACACGGAAUUGUGUAAUAUGAAGGUGUCCAUAAAAGAAGUGAAGCAGAUUUUGCAAAGUCCAGAGAUCCAUAUGUUUAAUUUUAGAAUGAAACCGUCCAGUUUGGUAUUCGGAAAUAUUUUAUUAGGUAUAAGUUAUUUACCCACUGCACAGAGACUGACUAUAAAUGUAAUGAAGUUACGCGACGUCAAAUUUACGCCAGUGGUAUCGAAUUUAAGCUACUUCAAUCCUUACGUUAGAGUGUUGAUGCUGAAUGCAAGGACAGGACAGAAAAUGAAGAGAAAGAAAACCAAAUUUCUCUGCGCGUCCGCGCAGCCAGAGUUCAACGAAACUUUGACGUUUGAUGUAACGUAUAAUCAGCUGGAUAGUGUGCAAUUUCUAGUGGUACUAUGUAGUAAGACCUUGACUUCUGAAGUUCCUACGAUUAGUGUCGAUCAUCCGAGCGACAGCGAAGACUCGGUUACUUCGGUCUACAAAUCUAAAGACAUCUACAUUGGCAAAGUCGCUCUUGGAAAAGGUGUCAGAGGACCAACGGAGAGAUUGCAUUGGUUCUCGAUACUCCAAAAUCCUAGAAAACUCGUAACUGUUUGGCAUGUGCUGAAAUAAUGACGACAAGUUACUGUCACAACCGUUUCUCGCAACGAAUGAUCGAGCCUUAGUGUGAUUUAAAUAAAAACGCAAAAGAUGGGAUAC